CGGCGCGGCGGGACCCGCUGGCCGCCGACCUGCGGUGCAGCCUGUUCGCCGCCGCGCUGCAGAGCUACAAGCGCGACUCGGCGCUGAGGCCCUUCCCGGGCCGCUACGCCAGCGGCGACACCAAGGACUUCGAGGGGCUGCUUGCAGAUACCAAGGCUCUACCAAGCCUGAAAGAGCUUCUGGAGUCUGUUCCAAAUACAGAUAAAAGGACCUGGGACCUGUUUAGCUGGAUUCUGUCAUCUAAGGUCUUCAUGAUACAAAGUAAUAAGAAACAGGAGUACGAGAAGAUCCAGGAACUCACAGGGAUGUCUGGAGCUGCAGUUCCUGCUCCUGACUACCUCUUUGAGAUUGUGUACUGUGAUCAAAUGAACAUCAAAUUUGCUGAGACCAAGGGAGAGCGAGACCUUAUCUACGCCUUCCAUGGGAGCCGCCUGGAGAACUUCCAUUCCAUCCUGCACCACGGCCUGCACUGCCACUUGAACAGGACAUCCCUGUUUGGUGAAGGCACCUAUCUGACCAGUGACCUGAGCCUGGCUCUGCUGUACAGCCCUCAUGGUCUUGGCUGGCAGCGAAGUGCGCUGGGCUCUAUCCUCAGCUGUGUGGCUGUUUGUGAGAUCAUUGACCACCCAGAUGUAAAGUGUCAGGUGAAGAAGAAAGACUCAGAAGAAAUAGACAGAAAAAGAGCAAGAGUGAAAAACAGUGAAGGGGGAGACGUACCACAGAAAUACUUUGUUGUUACAAACAACCAGCUUUUACGAGUUAAAUAUUUGCUGGUGUAUUCACAGAAGCAGCAUAGGAGGCCUUCUAAUGAAUCUUCCUGGUUCUACACCCACCGUUUUGCCAUAAUGAUGAUGUUGUACCUGCUCUUGCUGAUAGUGAUAGGGGCCAGCAACUCGCCAACCUUCAUCUACUACUGGCACAGAAUGUUUGACUCAGAGAGAUGAACCACCCAAGAUGAUAAACUGUUAAUUUCACCACGUGCCUUAAGAAUAGCUGAUCUGCAGUGCACUGCAUCUAUUCCAGAGCUCUGGAAAUAAAGGAUUCAUGAGGAUGCCUAGUACAGCUGAAAAGGAUCACAGUGGUGCAGCUUAGCAUGAGCCAGUCGUUAAGGGUCCAUGGAAAAAAGGUUAUUUAAGAUUA